GAUGGCGCUGAAAGAGGAGAAUCAAGAGCUGAAUGAAAAAGAAGAUAAAGAUGAGAAACGUGAUUUCAUGACUGAAGAAAACGUUUUUAAUUGCUCUGAGACUGAAAAGACUUUGUCAAGAAAAAAAGCUAAAAAGACAGCGACUAGAGGUAAUUACACCUGCCAACAGUGUGGAAAGAUUUUUAAUCAAAAUAGAAACCUUACAGUCCACAUGAGAGUUCACACUGGAGAGAAGCCUUAUACAUGCCAGCAGUGUGGAAAGAGUUUCAGUCAAAAAGCAAGUGUUAAAGUCCAUAUGAGAGUUCACACUGGAGAGAACCCUUACACCUGCCAACAGUGUGGAAAAAGUUUCAAUAGAAAAGGAAACCUGACAGUCCACAUGAGAGUUCACACAAGAGAAACCCCAUUCUCCUGCCAACAGUGUGGAAAAAGCUUCACUCAGAAAGGAAGCCUUAAAGUCCACAUGAGAAUUCACACUGGAGAAAACCCUUUUACCUGCCAAGACUGUGGAAAAAAUUUCAUUCGAAAAGCAAGUCUUAAAAGCCACGUGAGAGUUCACACUGGAGAGAAGCCUUUCACAUGCUCGCAAUGUGGAACAAGUUUUAAACAUAAAGGAACCCUUAAUGCCCACAUGAGAAUUCACACUGGAGAGAAGCCGUUUGUGUGCGCUCAGUGUGGAAAGUGUUUCAGAUUUACAGUAACUCUUUGUCACCACAUGAGAAUUCACACAAGAGAGAACCGUUUUGUAUGUCAUCAGUGUGGAAGGAGUUUCACAGACAAGAAGAAUCUCAAGAAUCAUGUAAAGAUUCAUUUGGGAGAGAAGCCUUUCAUGUGCCAUCACUGUGGAAAGACUUGCAAAAACAAAACAAACCUUGAGAUUCACAUAAGAGUUCACACUGGAGAGAAGCCUUUCACCUGCCCUCGGUGUGGAAAGCGUUUCGCACUCAAAGGAAACCGUGAGGUUCACAUGAGACUUCACACCGGAGAGAAGCCUUACAAGUGUCUUAAAUAUACACCUGAAAAGUCAUGCAAAUGUGAGACCCUAUUCUUGUUCGUUCUGUAGAAAGAGUUUUAAAUGGCUCAGCAGUUUAAAAUGGCACCAGAAAACAUGCAUGUCUGUUAAAUCAAAGCUACUUUCAC